UAUUAGUUCCCCCUCCCGCUCGAUAAGAAAUGCGCGCUGUUUUCUUUAUUUUAAAUCCGAACGCAUGAGCACGAUAUCUAUCACCUCACCCAGCCAUGACAGCAACCACGCCCACCACCGCCGCUGGCCGAAGGCAAAACAAUUGCGAGACGUCACCGCCGCCGCCUUUCACCGCCAACGACAUCAUCCUCCUCGCUCAAAACAUCUCAGCCACGCUUCCCCCAUCCCUCUCCUCCUCCAAUCUCCUCCCUCUACUCCACUCACCUUCACCAUCCCUCCUUUUCUCCCUCCUCUCCCUCUUCUCCCGCUCUCCUCCAUCAUCCUCCCUCCUUACCCCCGUCCUCCGCUCCUUUCUUCGUCUCUUCUUCUCCCGCAACCUCCCCAGAGACCUCGACUCCUCCUGCCUCUUUCACCUCAUUUCUCCUCUCCUAUCCAAGCUUAACCACUCCGAUCUCUCCUCCAUACUCGAUAUUCUGUCUUCUCACCUCUCCGACAUUAACGAUGCCGACAAGGCCCAGGCCCUCGACCUCCUCCCUCACCUCCUCAACCUCGCCAACCCCUAUGGAGAGCUCAUCGACGCAUUCCUCGAAAAACUUCUCUCCGUCAGCUGGUCCAAGGCACUUCUUGUCAAAAUGUGCUCUCUCAUCCGGGAGUGCCCGGCUAUAUCUAGGGUUAGGGUUUCGGAGUUUCUUCGGAAGAUUUUCGACGGAUUGAGGGAUGCGGACAUCCAGGACCUCCCAUGGCUGGUGUUCCAGCUAUUGCUGCUCGCUUGUAAGGGAAUUAAUUCGGUUUCCAGAAAGCAGUUGAUUGCCGAUUUGUUAAAAUUUUUUGGGGAGCCAAUGAAGGCCCCGGCUUCAGUGGUGCGGCAAGUGGAGGGGACUGUUCUGAUGCACGUGAACUUCUCCAUUAAGCAAGAUCCCUCGCUGGGUUCGGAGGUUAUCGCCGUUGUUCGCUCCGAUCUAGGUACGUUCAACCAUUUUGCUGCUGCGGUUUUGUUAUCGGUGGCCAGGAUUCGGCGGUUCAACGAGAGCUCGAUUGGCGCCCUAAAAUCGGUUGCUGUUGGUUCUCACCAGGAUUGCAAAUUUGCAAGGUGA